UACCUUCGGUUUUGUUACCUAUUAUCUUCAAACCUUUGCAACAACAAUGGCAAAUAAUAAUUAUCAUUAUAGCUCUCAAAAGCAACGACUUCUGUCUAUAUUAAUUAUCGUGGCAAUGUUAUUCUCACCGUACAUCCUACACUCGUCUGAAGCUUCUCGUGGCUUGCUGGCCAACACUGAUGACAUUUGGUUUGGAGCACCUCCACCACCAAUAGGCACGGUACCUACAAUCUAUUGUCCACAGUGUUUGUGUUGCGAGCCCCCACCACCAAAUCUUUGUUGUCGCUGUUGUUAGGGGAUAUAUGAAAAAACAGAGCUCGAACGUUUCAGAACCAUGUCGGGAAAGUUCGUUGUUUUUUAGUGUUAGCUAGCAAUAAGUGUUUGCAUGGAUCUUCUACACAAAGCUUUCAACAAUAAUUUUUCUUCUUUCUUUUUCCUGUGUAUUUAAAGAUUUGUUGCAUAAUUAUGAAGAAGAGGAG